AUGCCUGCUGAGUGUAACACCCAUGCCAGAAACAACAAUGAGGCUUCUAAUCUGGAUCCGUGCCGUCGCCCUCUGGCUCCUAGGCACAACAAUUCUCCAACAGCUGGUCCCCAGAGAGAGGCAACUCCUUACCCUUCCCACCUCCAAACUCUAGAAGAGCGCUUCACGGCUGGAGUAAUAGAGAUGCCAGUCCCUCAGCAUCCCAUCUUGAGCUUCCCUUCUCAACAAGAAUCUGAUGACUCCUCCUUAGAGUUCCUUGAUGAAGGUGGUUUCCGCUACCCAUUUCCCCCCUUCCUGCCAAAUGUCACUCGCCAACCCUUCCUCAUCCCAGGACCCCCUGACUCAUCCAACAGUGAUGCCGUGGUCUUACACCAAUUCCCUGGACCCCUGGAAGUCCCUCAGGAAUCGGAAGCCACCACUGGAUCUUACCACGUUGCCCCUGCACAGGUUUUUCCAUCCUCGUCGCCAAUGAACAUCUUGUCUUCUCCCAACCCUGACAGCCCCCUCGCUGCGUCCACCGACUCACCCAGUAUGCCACCUCUCGCUUCAGAUGUCUCCGACAAUGGUAGCCUCGACCACGUUCCCAAUCUAUGGCUCUUAGUAGAUGUCAGCAAAUAUGUCACCACAUCAGAAGGACACAGUAGCAACCCUCAGGAGUUUGUAGUUUACAGCAACGACGUAAUCCAGCGAAUUUCCAACGAUGUCACCUGA